CCGCCGCUAUAUAAAGAGAGAGAGAGAACAGAGAUAGAGAGAGAAGAAGAAGAAGAAGAGGAAGAUGGGGCUACAAGGUCAGCUCAGUGACGUCUCUUCCGAUUCGAUCCCUCUGAUGCUCCUCUCUCUCCUCGCCGUAUUCCUCAGCCGUCUCCGCUCUAUCCUCCAUCGUCCCUGCGAUUCCAACUCCGACGACUCCUCCGUCAUAGCGUCGGGACUCGCCAGCAUCAUCGUCCUCGCCGAUCAGCUGAGCCUGAACCGUCUCUUCUCGUACCGUUGCGGAGGAGGCGAAGGCUGUUCCGAUUGCGUGGUGUGUCUGUCGAAGCUGCAGGAGGGAGAAGAGGUGAGGAAGCUGGAGUGUCGACACGUGUUCCACAAGCGGUGUUUGGAGGGAUGGCUCCACUGUCUUAAUUUCACAUGUCCUCUCUGUAGAUCUGCUUUGGUCGCCGAUGGUUGCGUCUCCAAAACGCAGCGGCGCGUGGGAAGGGAUUUGAUCUCCUGCCUCGCUCCCCACUGAUUCUCACGCGUGCGAUCAGGGUUUAGGAGAUUCCCCGGAUCGGAAUCCAACGGCUAUGAUUCGCCCAUCUUCAACUGUUCUUUAUGUAGAGAGAUCAGAAAAAUUAUAGAGGCUGUCUGUUCGAUUUGACCACGCGCGCCCUUGUUUUCUUGAUCUUUUUUCUUUUUGAGUUUUUUUUUUCGCAUGGACUUGUAAUAUCCGAACAUAUCUCAUAAUGUACAGAAGCAUGUUUGAUGUA